AUGAGGUCGACAGCUCAGUUUGCGCUCAAGGCGCUGGCGCUUGUUGCCAUAGUAGGAGCUAUUCCUACGAUUCUUGCCCACGGUCACGACGACGAAGGCGCCACAGAUAUGGAUAUGGAUAUGAACAUGGACAUGAGUAAAGAGGAUCCAAAACCAGACCCAGAAUCCUGUUAUGUUUCGAUUGCGCGAUCCCGGUAUACGCUCCCCGUCCAGUUUCUCUUCCUCGUCACGAACGCGCUCGGCGUCGUACUAGGUAUUACCUACAACGCGAACACACCCGAUCUGUAUCCCAACAAUGCGCAUCACAAGCUUGGAUGGUUGGUCACUUGGGUAGUCAGCGCGCAAGUGUUUAUCAGCCUUGUCGGUCGCGUCGCAGGUGUAAUAGGCGGGAAAGGAGCAGAAGGAGUCGGUAAGGAGGAAGAGCAGGCGUUCAUUCCGGUUUCGACGGAGGCUAUGGCUGAGCACCAACGCAUUAACGAUGCGCUAUACUCUCAUCCAUACCGCCAUUCUAACGAUAGUGGACAAGGCACCGAACCGAAUACCGAGUCUUUGAGAAGUAAUUCCUUGUCAACUGUGGUGGGUCGGGAAUCCCCUAUUGAGAUGAGCGACCGACGAAUCCACUAUGACGAUCUUGAAGAUGUUCACUUUAAGCCCGCAGAAAUGUUAGGUUCAAAGAAGUCCAACUCGUUCAUCACCAGAUUUACCGGCAAGAUUUCCACCAGAGCAUGGAAAGUUUUGAUGUUUGCCUACAACUUUGUCGAUCGUACUAUUCUUAUUCUCGGUUACAUUGCUCUGUGUACUGGUAUCAUCACAUUCGGACGAUUCUUUGAGGGUCACGGUAUUUUCAGCGGCUUAGCUCAUUGGAUCAAGGGUGGCAUAUUUUUCUGGUACGGCAUUUUAACUCUCGGAAGGUGGUCGGGAAGUUUCGGUGAACUGGGUUGGGCAUGGAAUGUCCGUCCGAAACAAAGCUCUCAGAAAUGGAGGCCAACUGCGGAAUUCGUCGAGGGUGCUCUUAUCUUCACUUACGGUUCGACCAACAUCUUUCUAGAGCAUCUUGGUAAUGCCGGUAAAGAAUUUAGCCCUCAGGAUCUAGAGCACAUCUCCAUUACGGUUCUCUUUAUCGGAGGUGGUCUGCUUGCUAUGCUCAUUGAGUCGACGCGGAUUCGGGAACUCUUAAAUACUACAGUGUACGAUGCCGCUCUCUCGCAUCCGAGCCACGCGUACAGUGAUGAGGAACGUGAAGCUUUACAGGCACCAAGGGAAUACGAAUUUUCCGUCAAUCCUAUUCCAGCACUCGUGAUUUUACUUCUUGGUAUCAUGAUGAGUUCACACACGCAGCACAACAUGGUUUCUAGCAUGGUUCACAAGCAGUGGGGCAACCUUUUAACUGGUGCUUCUUUUGCUCGGGGAUUCACAUACAUGCUCGUAUAUCUCAAGCCUCCGCGCUCGAUCCUACCAUCUCGACCUCCAACUGAGCUUAUUACCGCAUUUGGACUCAUUGCAGGUGGUACUAUCUUCAUGGCGAGCGCCAACGAUACUGUUGAGGGAAUGAUUCACUACGACCUAGACGCCAUGUUCUUCUACACCGUUACCAUGGGAUUAGUCGGUCUGAUCAUGGCCUGGGAAGUUAUCCUCCUAGCCCUCAAAGGUUGGGCCGUUCGAAAGGAGUCCAGUCGAUCCCCGAAAUCGUGGGACCUAGCUUCCCGCGUUUAG